UGUCAAACCGUGCGGUUGAUUGUCGGAACUCCGAAAAAGAAAACUACUCGAAUUCGAAAUUACUGAAAUCUCCGAUUUGAUUCCCCGUUCCGGUCACGGUCUCUCUCGCAAGUUGCAUUAGUAAUAUUGCAUUUCUUAUUCUCAAAUCCAACUCCAAUCCCACUUUUGAGACGAGUCUCGACCAUUGCUAUUAAAUCUGCCAUUCAAUUCUGUUUUGUAUCUGUAACAAGUGCUUGGAGGCCAGUCUCGAUAUCCGAGUGGUGUCGUUUCGCGCACCAGGAUCCUAACCCCCAACGGCCUGAUCCUGCAUCCGCAAAGAUAUCGGCUAAUCAAGGAUUACCAUUACCGUUAUCGUCGCCAUGAGUUUCCAUAAGAGCGACUCGCGGACGCCGCUGGCGCCCACCGAGUACACUAAAAUCCCGACGGUCGUUGCGGGCUACGGAGAAAACGAGAAGCCCAAAGGCGGCAAAGGCGGGCAACCCAAGUUCAUCCGCUCGGACAUGGCCGACGUACCCGUCCAGCAGGCGGCCGGAUCCACGCUUCCGUUGGUAAUCACUCGGAAAAAAGGAGACGACUCCGAGGAUGGCAACUACAAUCCGUUCGAGCACCGCAAGGUGGAACACCCCACAUCGGACCUCGAGACAUUUGUGCACCUGCUGAAAGGAUCGCUGGGCUCUGGGAUAUUGGCCAUGCCAAUGGCCUUCUCCCACGCUGGUCUGUGGUUUGGUUUGGCGGCCACCUUCGCGGUGGGCACCUUGUGCACCUACUGCGUCCACAUCCUGGUCAAGUGCGCCCACAUCCUGUGCCGGCGGCGCAAGAUCCCGAUGAUGGGCUUCGCCGAUGUGGCGGAGCAGGCCUUCCUCGACGGACCUCCCUCGCUGAAUCGCUGGUCCCGCUUCAUCCGUUUUAUGGUCAAUACAUUUCUGGUGAUCGAUCUGCUGGGCUGCUGCUGCAUCUACCUGGUCUUCGUGGCCACCAAUGUGGAGCAGGUGGUCAGGGUCUAUAUGGAAACGGAGCUGAGCAUUCGGGUUUGGAUCAUGAUCGUGACGGCCCCGCUGAUCUUGAUGUGCCUGGUCCGGAACCUGAAGUUCCUCACGCCCUUCUCAAUGAUCGCCAACAUCCUGAUGUUCGUGGGCAUUGUGAUCACCUUCAUCUACAUGUUCUCCGAUCUACCCGCUCCCGUGGAGCGUCCUGGAAUUGUGAGUGUGACCGAGUGGCCGCUCUUCUUCGGCACCGUGAUCUUCGCCCUGGAGGGAAUCGGUGUAGUUAUGUCCCUGGAGAACGACAUGAAGAACCCCAGCCACUUUAUCGGCUGCCCCUCGGUCCUGAACUUCGGCAUGGGUCUGGUGAUUGCCCUGUACACCCUGGUUGGCUUCUUCGGCUUCCUGAAGUACGGCCCGGAUACCCAGGCCAGCAUUACGCUGAAUCUGCCCCUGGAAGACAAGUUGGCCCAAUCCGUCAAGCUAAUGAUUGCCAUCGCCAUCUUCUUCACCUUCACCCUGCAGUUCUACGUGCCCGUCACAAUCUUGUGGAAGGGUCUUGAGCACAAGAUCCGGCCGGAGAAGCAGAACAUCAGUGAAUACGGACUACGCGUGUUUCUGGUGAUUCUGUGCGGAGGAAUAGCGGUGGCCCUGCCCAAUCUGGGGCCCUUCAUCUCGCUGAUCGGAGCGGUGUGCCUCAGCACGCUGGGCAUGAUCGUUCCGGCGACGAUCGAGCUGGCCGUGUACCACGAGGACCCAGGAUACGGGCGCUUCAACUGGCGGCUGUGGAAGAACUCCGGACUGAUACUGUUCGGCGUGGUGGGCUUCGUGGCCGGAACCUAUGUGAGCAUCAUCGAAUUCCACCAAGAGUUCAGCGGCGGUCACUGAGCCACUGCUAAUUUAAUUUAAAGUAGUCUUUAAUGAAACUCUUCUAAGCACAGGGAUGUCUAAGUUAAGUUUUUAACUAAUUUUAGGGCUAACCAAAGUUUUCUAGGACUCCAGAACCCCCCGCCUCGGCCCCGUGGUUAUCCUUUCCCGACCCUCCCCGUCCUGCCCCUCCACAGAUCCGAUCCCUGAUCCCUAUAUUGACCUUUUAGCGGGUAUCAGCUACCAAAACAACAAAAGUAUUUCGAUUUAGUCGGUGCCACGCCCUCGGCGAGCUGUGGAAACUGGGGGGGCGUGGCAUUAAGGUUACUUAGAGAAUUCUUUUAGAAGUGACUUUGUAUCGUAGUGAUUUUGACAACAACUUAGUCGUAAUUAGUUCCUACUCGAACUAAGCCAAGACAGACGGACGCAGCCGAAGUUUGUUUUCGUUCUUCAAUUAUAUUGUUUUAUCAUUGAUUUACUCUGUACAUUAUCGACGCCCUAAUUCAAUAAUCAUGACAUAUUACCAAUUACCAAUACACAAAGACCCCGCUGCUCCUUGCGCAAGGGCAGCAAAAAAAUUGCAUUAAAAAAAUAAUAAAACCUAUUGAAACAACCAAA